AUGCCGGUGGACCACACGAACAAUCUCACGCUGCGCAUCCUCCAGGCGGCCCACGAGGGCGGAUACGCGAUCAAUGCGCAGUCGUGCUACGAUGCGCAGUCGGUCAUCGCACUCGUGCGCGCGGCGGAGGAAGCACGCUCGCCUGCGCUCUGCCAGCUCUUCCCCGUCACCAUGGCGCAGUUCGGCAAGCCGUUUGUGCGAUUCUGCCUCGACACGUGCCAUGCCGCAUCGGUGCCCAUCGCCGUGCAUCUCGACCACGCCGCCAGCGAUGAGGACAUCACGCGCGCGCUCGACUGGGCCGAACAGGGCGUGGCGCUAGACAGCAUCAUGAUCGACUGCUCCCACCACGAUACCGACGAGGACAACAUCGCGAUGGCCAAACCCUACGUCCAGCGCGCCAACAGCCUCGGCAUGGCGGUGGAGGUCGAGCUGGGAAGACUCGCCGGUGGUGAGGCCGGUGUCAGAGUCAUCGAGGAAGGAAUGCUCACCAAGCCCGAAAAAGCUUCGCGAUUCUUGACCGAGCUGGGAGCGCAGAUGCUGGCACCUUCGAUUGGCAACAUCCACGGCCGCUACGUCAACCCGCCCGCCUUCCGGCUCGAACUGCUCGAGGCGCUCCAAUCCGCCGUCGGCCCCGGCACCGCCGCCAACUCCUACCUCGUCCUGCACGGCACCGACGAUCUGCCCGACGAGCUCUUCCGAGACUGCGUCAAGCGCGGCGCGUACAAGAUCAACGUCAACAGCUGGGCGCGCGACCCGCAGGUCGAGUUCUGGGCCCAGCAUCUCGAAAAGGAGCCGCUGCCGGAUGUGUACGAAGGCGGCAUGCAGCAGUUCGCCAAGGUCUGCAACAGGUUCUUCCACCUCCUUGGCUCAGCUGGCAAGGCCUAG